AUGCCGAGUCAGGGCCGCCGAGAACAUAUCGAUCAGGAACCAAGUCAAAGUUCAGCUCUACUACAGAUCCCCCAUGAUCCGCCUAUAUACGGGCAAAUGAAGGGUACACUUUGCGGUCGCAUCUCCCAGUGGUUGUGGUCCGGAUGGCGGGGUACGGCAUUUGAAGCCGCUUCCCCAGAUUUGCCAAAGCCCUACCAGCCAAAUCCGGCCGACUGCAAGGCCUGUCGUGAACACCAUACCGCUUGUGAUCAUACGAAACCUCAGUGUUCCCAUUGUUGGUCACAACAGCUCUUGUGCUUCUACGUGGAGCCGAUACAGAAGAAACGGAAAGAUCAUCGCAAGGCAACUGUUAGUGAAGUGGAAACGGUUUCCAGGUUGAUCAAAGACGCGACAGUGUGA